AUGAGACUCGAUACCAAGGCUAUGCGGUAUCUGACGCCCGAAGAUUGGCGAACCCUCACAGCCGUCGAAACGGGCUCGAAAAACCAUGAAGUGGUUCCUACAGCAUUAAUCGGACAAAUAUCAGGGCUUCGAGGUGGGGUACACAAGAGUAUAUCUGCAUUGGCAAAAGUAGGAUUGAUCGCACGACUCAAGAACGCCAAAUACGACGGUUACCGCUUAACAUAUGGGGGCCUAGACUAUUUAUCCCUCAACACCUACCGAAAACGCAAAGAUGUCUACAGCGUCGGCAACCAAAUCGGCGUGGGAAAAGAAAGCGACAUCUUCGUCGUUGCAGAUGACAAAGGAGUGCAGCGAGUCCUCAAAAUUCACAGACUAGGCCGAAUCUCUUUCCGAACAGUCAAAGCCAACCGCGACUAUCUACGCCACCGCUCCUCCGGAUCCUGGAUGUACAUGUCGCGCCUCGCAGCUUUGAAGGAAUACACAUUCAUGACGUCGCUGCGCGAAAACGGCUUCCCGGUCCCAGAACCCCUCGCGCAAUCAAGACACACAAUCGUCAUGUCCCUCAUAGAUGCCUUUCCCAUGCGGCAGAUCUCCUCGGUCCCCGACCCAGCAUCCCUCUACGCAGAACUCAUAUCCAUGAUCUUGCGUCUGGCGCAAUAUGGACUCAUCCACGGCGAUUUCAACGAGUUCAAUAUUCUGAUUAAAGAAGACCCGAACCCCGAGUCCAACAAACCGGAAGAUAUAAUCCUGACACCCAUCCUCAUCGAUUUCCCUCAAAUGGUAUCGAUUGACCACGUCAACGCAGAAUACUACUUCGAUCGCGACGUAAACUGUAUCAAGCGAUUCUUCGAGCGCCGAUUCCGGUAUACGAGCGAUGCAAAGGGCCCUCAUUACAGAGAUGCAAGGAAACUGAUAGGCAAGGAUGGUGUCAAGAGACUUGAUGUAUCUGUUGAGGCGUCUGGGUUUUCGAAGAAGAUGGCCAAGGAGCUUGAGGCGUAUAUGAAGGAAGUGGGCGUCGAUGGGGACGGUGACCCACAUGCUGCUCGGGGCGACGAGGAUGAUGAUGAAGAUGAAGACGAAGACGAGGAUGAUGAUGAGCAGCCGCCAGAUGGCCCCGAGAACCUUGUUGAGGAUGCCGAGGCCGCUUCAAAGAACAUGGAUAAUGGAUCAGUCAUUGUAGAUGAAGCUACCGGUGAUGAUGUUUCGUUAGCGACCCUACAGCUUAAAGACAAGACGUGA